GAUACAUCGCGAUGGACGGAUAACCCAGUUCCUGAACGACACCACACAUAUUACAGGUCUAGGAGCGGGCCCUCCGUACCAUGGCCACCAUGUACAAACCACGAAUAUUCCGCAACUUCUCAAGCGCCUUCACACUCACUUCCAAGAGCUCCGAGCCAGCCGACGUCGAAAGCACCCCAAAGACGAGCAAGCCGAAACAACACCUUCAAGGCUUCCCUAGCCUCAGCGCACUCCUGGCCUCCGAUCACGACCUCCAGGUCUUCCGCCGCUUCGACCGCCUUGCUUCUAGAAAUCUGCUAUACCUGCAAGCUGAGAUACUUGAUCUUGAAACACGGUUGGACGAGUUGGAUGCGGCGGACCUGGAGGUUGCGAAUGCAGAAGAGUCGGAAUGGAUGGAGGUGAAACUGUCAGCCAGAUGCUGGGAAGCUUUCGCAGAAAAAGCAGAGAAUGGAGAAGAAAGAGAGGUUGAAAGAAUGAAAUUGGUCAUGCUGAUUCGUGAGAGGAUGGCUGAAUAUCAGGACGCUCUUAUCCGACAAAGCACACUUCUGAACCUCGACAACCCUAACCCAAGAGUUAAGAGCGGUAUCAUCGGCUGGUUCGAGCAGAAUCGACCCCUCGUGGGGCACGGCAGGAACCUCUUCGACGGCAAAUCUAAAAACGAUAUCGUUGCGUUACGGACAUCACCUGAUCAAGAUCGAUUGACCAUGUUCUUACAAAACCGUCUGGGGUACUUCUUGCGCAACAGAAAGAAAGCAAAAGAUAGUCCUGCCGAUUGGGAUGGCAUGCAUUACUUCCAUGAGACUAUCAUUGGGCGCAUUGUUUCCUUCUUCAGCGUAUUCCUCGCAGCAUUACUUCUCGUCGGUGCUAUUACGAGCUUGUAUUUUGUUUCGAGCGCGUCUUCCAGAAUGAUGCUUCUUGCAGUAUUUACGACGAUUUUUGCGGCCAGUGUAGGUGUGUUGACGAAUUCGAGGAAGGUGGACAUUUAUGCGGCAACAGCAGCGUAUGCUGCAGUCUUGGUAGUGUUCAUCGGCAACGUGGCGCCUGGGGCAGGUGUACAACCAAACACCUGAACAAUCAACUAUGAAAUGACUCCAAGCCAGACCAAGUGUUACACAUCCGGAGGUGGACCGAUGUGAUACUCCAUCAUGCAGCUUCCAUGGAGCAACGGGGUGAUUUCGACGCCAUACGCCACAGUCCUUGGGCAGCCUCCCAGAUCAGACCCGGAAGAGCUUAUGAAGAGAUGGUCGAUGUGAAUCAGACUGCGGGCGAAAGCCUUUUUCGAUCCUGACAGCGCGAC